AGGAGGGGGGCGGCGAUCGCGAGAUCGGGAGAGGUGCGGGGGUGCGCCCCCCAUGGCGGGGAGCGGUAGGCCGCCGGCCGCGCAGAAGAAGAUCCUGCAGUCGCUGCGCCCGCCCCUUCCGUUCGCCGCGUCGUCGAGGUCGCCCUUCGCGGCGCCCAACGACUACCACCGCUUCCCCGCGCCGGCUGCCGCGGCCGCGGGGCCGUCCGGUUCGGGAGGUAUCGGCGCGGGUGGUGGUGGUGGUGGUGCCGCCGCCGGUGAUAUCGAGGAGGGGCUGGUCAUCCGGACGCCGCAAAAAAGAAAAGCACCAAGUGAAGAAACUGAUGUUGCUGAGUCUAGUGAUUGUAUGAUUACAAGCCCUGGAUUUACUUGCAGUCCACUCCGCACUCCAGUCUCUGCAAAAGCUGUUAAGACUUCCAAAUCAAAGACCAAGAACAACAAAGCUGGGCCUCAGACACCAACGUCAAAUGUUGGUUCACCACUUAAUCCACCAACUCCUGCUGGUACAUGCCGUUACGACAGUUCGUUAGGGCUUCUCACAAAGAAGUUUAUAAAUUUGCUCAAGCAGGCUCCAGAUGGCAUUCUAGAUUUGAAUAAUGCUGCAGAAACACUAGAGGUUCAAAAGCGACGUAUAUAUGAUAUUACCAAUGUUCUUGAAGGAAUAGGGUUGAUUGAAAAGACUCUGAAGAACAGAAUCCGUUGGAAGGGUUUGGAUGAUUCAGGAGUGGAAUUAGAUAAUGGUCUUUCAGCUUUGCAGGCAGAAGUUGAAAAUCUUAGUCUGAAGGAGCAAGCCUUAGAUGAACGCAUAAGUGACAUGCGUGAGAAACUAAGAGGUUUAACUGAAGAUGAAAGCAAUCAAAGGUGGCUCUAUGUGACAGAAGAUGAUAUAAAGGGAUUGCCUUGUUUUCAGAAUGAAACACUAAUUGCAAUAAAAGCUCCUCAUGGCACUACACUUGAAGUCCCAGAUCCUGAUGAGGCUGGUGAUUAUCUCCAGAGGAGAUAUAGAAUCGUAUUAAGAAGCACAAUGGGCCCAAUAGAUGUUUACUUAGUUAGUCAAUUUGAUGAGAAAUUUGAGGAACUGGGCGGUGGUGCAACACCAUCAGGUAAUGCAAACAUGCCAAAACAUCAACCCACUGAAGUCUACAAUACAACAGAUGUUGGCACUGGUCAAUGUAGCAACUCUAUUGCUGUGAACAAUAAUAUUCAGCACAGCCAGAUAACUCCUCAGGAUCCUAGUGCCUCACAUGAUUUUGGAGGAAUGACAAGGAUUAUUCCUUCAGAUCUUGAUACUGAUGCUGAUUACUGGCUCCUAUCAGAAGGGGACGUCAGCAUUACUGAUAUGUGGAAAACAGCACCAGAAGUGCAGUGGGAUGAGGGCCUGGAUACUGAUGUCUUCCUAUCUGAAGGCGUUACAACACCACGUGCACACAAUCAGCAGCCAGCUGAAGUGGGCGGGCCGCAGAUGCAGGUACCACACACGCAUCAACCCUAGGAUCACAGGGGUUACAAAAGGUGCAAAGGUGACAUCUGGAUUCUUGGAGCGACGUUUGUAUUGAAAAUUGAAAGCAUGAUAGCAAAUGCUCAUUGCCAAAUUGCAAAGAGCCGGGUGUGGUCUUCAUCAGAAUCUACAUCUUCUCGAGAGGUAUUUGCGGGAGUUCAGGAGGAUGCCACUCCAGAUUCACAACUGUUGUGGAGGCUGGUGGCGUCAACUAACUUAUCAGCCUGCUGUUUCAGCACCCUACAUCAGUUGAACAUGAGUACAUCGAGGUGCUGCUUUCGCCGUGAAGCUGAUCGGCUGCCGUGCUCAUUAAGGCACAUAUAUUUUCCUUUCCAAACUAGUCAUCAUGCACGGCAGCAGCUGGAACUGCGGUGCUCUGUUCUGGUCUAUUCUUGCAAAAUUCUUUGAACAUUGGGAGGAAUGGGCAUACAAUGUUGGUCUGGUCUGACGUGAACAAUGAGCUGAGCUAAUUAUGUAACCGAGCCGUCUUUGUAAAUUGUUCAGUGCUCUCUUCCUCCAAUAUAAUGCAUAGCCUUGUAGAUGGGAUAUGGUGCUUCA